AUGACAAUAAAAACUGGGAAGCAUGUUGAUGCUAAUGGAAAGAUAUACCUUCCUUACCUGCAUGAGUGGAAAUACCCCCAGUCAGACCUGCUGGAACUGAUUCAAGUUAUGAUUGUGGUGUUUGCUGAGGAACCUCCAGUCUUUUCUCGACCCACUGUUUCAGCCAGCUACCCACCAUACCAGGCAACUGGCCCACCAACCAGACCCAGUAGAGAUGGAACUAUCAGUGAAGACACCAUUAGAGCUUCCCUUAUUUCAGCAGUCAGUGAUAAACUGAGAUGGAGGAUGAAAGAAGAAAUGGAUCGUGCUCAAGCUGAACUCAAUGCCUUGAAGCGCACAGAAGAGGACCUGAAGAAAGGACACCAGAAACUGGAAGAGAUGGUAACUCGUCUGGAUCAAGAAGUGGCUGAAGUUGACAAGAACAUUGAACUUCUCAAAAAGAAAGAUGAGGAGCUCAGUUCUGCCUUAGAGAAAAUGGAAAGUCAGUCAGAAAAUAACGACAUAGAUGAAGUUAUCAUUCCUACGGCACCACUUUACAAGCAGAUCCUGAACUUAUAUGCGGAGGAAAAUGCAAUUGAAGACACCAUCUUUUAUCUUGGGGAAGCACUGAGGCGUGGAGUGAUAGAUCUAGAUGUCUUUUUAAAGCAUGUACGCCUUCUGUCUCGCAAGCAGUUCCAGCUGAGGGCAUUAAUGCAGAAAGCAAGGAAGACUGCUGGACUCAGUGAUCUCUACUAA